CACUCAGUUACUGGCAGGAAAACACGCCUUUUACAUCCUUUCAAUUCGAUUUGUACAAUCUCUCAUUCAGGCAAUCAGGAUAGCCACAAGCUUUCAAUCUAUUCUACGCGCUCAAACGGCCCGUUCUUUCACUUCAUGUUUAUUAUUCCACGUCAUACUUCCAAGUGUUGACCUCGAGUUAGCUCUUAUUUCGGUUUCGGGGCCGAACAUUAUCUAUACUUCACUUCAAUCAAGCGCUGCACAACAUGAAAUCGUCUUCACCCGACAGUGCGCCUCUGGCAAGGAGGACGAAUGGAUCUGCCUCACGAGCCAAAGUAUCCAAGAAUAUCGACAACGAAAUGGAGAAAUCUACAAAUGGAGACUAUGCGCCUGCUGGCGUCUCCAUACGGAAUGGACCCGUUACGGAUGAAAUGGAUGUCGAUAUUCCAGCUCUAAACGGCAAGCGCAAGGCCCGAGUCAGCACUGGGAAGCCAGUUCACUACAAUGACGCCGCGAGCUCUAGCGAGGAAGACAACAAGCCGCUGGCUAAACGACAACGAACCUCGGCUUCCAAGGCCAAGAAGGAUGAGUCGGACAGCGAUGACGCGCCAAUAGCGAGGAGGAAGUCGGGUGGGAAACUGCCCCCAAGCAUCGACGGUUCGGAUUUCGAGCAGGAGGAGAAGAAAUUAGCCAAAGAGAAAGUCCACAUCGAAAAGAAGGCCGAGAAGGAGGCAAAGAGCAUCCGAGCAAAAGAGUCCAAAGGAAAAAAGCCAGUCAUAAAGGAAUCGGAUUCUGAGGAUGAGCCUAUAUCGAAGUCGCGUGCAAAGAAAGCCAACGGGGCGAAGAAGGAAGAAUCUGACGAUGAUGUCCCUAUCACCAAGAAGAUUGCAGCUAAGAAGGCCAAUGGAAAGGCGCCAGUGAAGACGGCUGUGAAGGCGCCCGUGAAGAAGCCUGCCAAAGGAAAGGCCGCUAAAAAGGAAGAGAGUGAAGAGGCGGAGGCAGAGGCAGAGGAAGAUGAAGAGUACCGCUGGUGGGAUGCCCCGAAUAAGGAUGAUGACAGCAUUAAGUGGGAGACUCUUGAGCACAACGGUGUUGUUUUCCCCCCAGAUUACGAACCUCUUCCCAAGAGCGUCAAGCUCGUGUAUAAUGGCACGCCUAUCAGCCUGCACGUUGAAGUAGAGGAAGUGGCAGGGUUCUUUGGGGCCAUGCUGAACUCCACGCUCAAUGUCGAAAACCCGACCUUCCAAAAGAAUUUCUUCAACGACUUCACUGAAAUCUUAGCCAAGAAUGGAGGGGCAAAGGAUAAAGAUGGUAAUAAAGUUGCUAUCAAAGAGUUCUCUAAACUUGACUUCAGCAGAAUCUUCGAGUACUACCAGGGCAAGAGCGAAGAAAAAAAGGCGCGAUCACCCGCUGAAAAGAAGGCUGAUAAGGCUGCCAAAGACGAGCUCGAGGCACCAUAUCUGUACUGUACUUGGGAUGGACGGAAAGAAAGAGUCGGCAACUUCCGUGUCGAACCUCCCUCGCUCUUCCGUGGCCGUGGCGAGCACCCAAAGACUGGUAAGGUGAAGAAGCGCGUCAUGCCUGAACAAAUCACAAUAAAUAUUGGCCCGAAUGCCACUGUGCCAACUCCGCCUCCAGGACACAAAUGGAAGGAGAUCAAGCAUGACAACAAAGCGACGUGGCUUGCCAUGUGGCAGGAAAAUAUCAACGGCGCAUACAAGUAUGUUAUGCUUGCCGCAAACAGUACUGUAAAGGGGCAGAGCGACUUCAAAAAGUUCGAGAAGGCCCGGGAGUUGAAGAAGCACAUUGACCGCAUCCGCAAAGACUACCAGAAGGCCCUGAAGUCUGAGCUCAUGGCCGACCGACAGCGGGCAACUGCCGUGUAUCUGAUUGAUAAGUUCGCGCUACGUGCUGGAAACGAAAAGGACUCCGAGAACGAGGCAGAAACAGUCGGAUGCUGUUCCUUGAAGUUCGAACACGUUACCUUGAAACCCCCGAACACGGUCAUCUUUGACUUCCUGGGAAAAGACAGUAUUCGCUUUUACGACGAGGUGACUGUUGACCCUCAAGUCUUCCGAAAUCUUAAGAUCUUCAAGAAGUCCCCAAAGACUGAGGGUGAUGACAUCUUCGAUCGUCUGAACACUGGUCAGCUCAACAAGCAUUUGGCCAACUAUAUGCCUGGACUCACUGCGAAGGUGUUCCGUACUUACAAUGCUUCAUACACCAUGUCGACGCUUCUGCAGGAGCUGGAGGCCACAAACACCAGUCUGCACGAGAAGAUCAAGCUCUAUAACGACUGCAAUCGGAAGGUUGCAAUCCUUUGUAAUCAUAAACGUACCGUUGGCGCAGGCCAUGAGGCCCAGAUGGGCAAGCUCACAGACAGAAUCAAGGGUCUGAAGUACCAAAAAUGGCGCACGAAGCAGAUGAUUCUCGAUCUUGAUCCAAAGCAGAAGAAGAAGAAGGGUGCUGAGUGGUUUGAACUGGACGACGAUUUGACUCAGGAGUGGAUUGAAGAGCACCAGGCGUUUCUGGUGGAGGAACAGCGUACGAAGAUCACGAAGAAGUUUGAAAAGGAUAAUGAGAAGCUCGUUGCUGAGUGCGAGAAGGAGAUGAAGGCCAAGGAGCUUACUGAGCGCCUGGGAGCCGCGGAAGACUUGGCUAAGAAACUCAAGAAGGAGAACAAGACCAAGAAAGUGGAAGCCGAAGGAAGAACUCCAUCCGUGGAAAAGUUACAAGCUGCGGUUGAGAAGAUUGAUCAGAGGAUCACUACCAUGAAUCUCCAGGCCGAGGAUCGAGAAGGCAACAAGGAGGUUGCACUCGGCACCUCCAAGAUCAAUUAUAUUGAUCCCCGCCUUACUGUUGUAUUCGCCAAGAAGUUCGACGUGCCUAUUGAGAAGUUCUUCUCGAAGACACUUCGCGAGAAGUUCAACUGGGCCAUCAAGUCUGUUGAGGACGACAACUGGGAAUUCUAGAAAAUGCGAUUCGUUUUCACAUAGUUUAUCAGUUACUUUUCGCAGAGGAUAUAUCGUUUUGAGCUUGCAUAUGAGAAACGGAAAUGGGGU